GAAAUGGUGCUCUUGCAGAACGUUCUGAAAAUGUGCAUAUUUCAGGAGUGUCAACGGCUUGUGGAGAUAUUCCAGAACAAAUUCGAUCACCAAGCGGGACAAUCACAAGUCCAGGGUGGCCCUCUGAGUAUCCUGCACGGAUCAACUGUAGCUGGUACAUCCAUGCAAAGCCAGGGGAGAUCAUUACUAUAAGCUUUCAAGAUUUUGAUGUUGAGGGAUCCCGACGAUGCAGCUCAGAUUGGUUAACAAUUGGAAGCUACAAGAAUAUUGAAGGCUACAGAGCAUGUGGCUCCUCCAUUCCUUCACCGUACAUCUCUACACAGGAUCACGUUUGGAUCAAAUUUCAUUCAGAUGAUAGCAUCUCCAGAAAAGGCUUCAGAUUAGCCUACUUUGCUGGGAAAUCUGAUGAACCAAAUUGUGAUUGUGACCAGUUUCACUGCGCUAAUGGGAAGUGCAUUCCAGAAAGUUGGAAGUGUAAUAACAUGAAUGAAUGUGGAGACAACUCAGAUGAAGAAAUCUGUGCCAAAGCUAAUCCUCCGACAGCUGCUUCCUUUAAACUUUGUGCUGACAAUCAGUUCCGGUGUCUUUCUCGCUUCACCAAGCUUUACACUUGCCUUCCAGAAUCUUUAAAAUGUGAUGGCAACAUUGAUUGUCUUGACCUAGUAGAUGAAAUAGACUGUAAUGUGCCAACAUGUGGGCAGUGGUUAAAAUACUUUUAUGGUACUUUCAGUUCUCCCAACUAUCCUGACUUCUAUCCACCUGGAAGCAACUGCACCUGGCUGAUAGACACCGGUGACCAUCGCAAAGUAAUUUUGCGCUUCACUGAUUUUAAACUUGAUGGUACAGGUUACGGAGACUAUGUUAAAAUAUAUGAUGGGUUAGAGGAGAAUCCGCGGAGGCUGUUGCGUGUGCUGACAGCAUUUGAUUCUCAUGCUCCCCUCACAGUUGUUUCGUCCUCAGGACAGAUAAGAGUGCAUUUUUGUGCUGACAAAGUGAAUGCUGCAAGAGGAUUCAAUGCCACGUAUCAAGUAGAUGGCUUCUGUUUGCCCUGGGAAAUCCCAUGUGGCGGAAAUUGGGGUUGCUACACAGAGCAGCAGCGCUGCGAUGGCUACUGGCACUGUCCAAAUGGAAGGGAUGAAACCAACUGCACCAUGUGCCAAAGAGAUGAGUUUCCCUGCUCUCGAAAUGGUGUUUGCUAUCCUCGUUCAGAUCGCUGCAACUACCAGAAUCAUUGCCCUAAUGGUUCAGAUGAAAAAAAUUGUUUCUUCUGUCAGCCAGGAAAUUUCCACUGUAAAAAUAACCGCUGCGUGUUUGAGAGCUGGGUUUGCGAUUCUCAAGAUGACUGUGGCGAUGGCAGUGAUGAAGAGAAUUGCCCAGUCAUUGUGCCCACUAGAGUAAUAACUGCAGCUGUCAUCGGGAGUCUGAUUUGCGGAUUGCUGCUUGUCAUUGCCCUGGGAUGUACUUGUAAAUUGUACUCACUCAGGAUGUUUGAGCGAAGAUCAUUUGAAACUCAUUUGUCAAGGGUUGAGGCUGAAUUGUUAAGAAGGGAAGCUCCUCCAUCCUAUGGACAGUUAAUUGCCCAGGGUUUAAUUCCACCAGUUGAAGAUUUUCCUGUUUGCUCACCAAAUCAGGCUUCGGUUCUGGAAAACCUGAGACUGGCAGUGCGAUCUCAGCUUGGAUUUACCUCAAUCAGACUUCCUAUUGCUGGCAGAUCAAGCAACAUUUGGAAUAGAAUUUUUAAUUUUGCAAGGUCACGUCAUUCUGGAUCAUUGGCUUUGGUCUCAGCGGAUGGAGAUGAUGUUGCCAGCCAAAGUACUAGUAGAGAAGCUGAAAGAAAUAAUACUCACAGAAGUCUGUUUUCAGUUGAAUCUGAUGAUACAGACACAGAAAAUGAAAGAAGAGACACAGCAGGAGCCGUUGGUGGUGUUGCUGCCACCUUGCCUCAGAAAGUCCCACCUGCAACAGCAAUAGAAGCAACAGUUGGAGCGUGUGGGAGUUCCUCUGCUCAGAGCGGCAGUAAUGGUAACACGGAUAGCGGAAGAGAAGUGACAAGUGUAGAGCCCCCAAGCACAAGUCCCGCACGUCACCAGCUCUCUAGCGCGCUAAGUCGUAUGACUCAAGGCUUACGCUGGGUACGCUUUACUUUAGGGAGAUCAAGCUCAGUGAAUCAGAACCAAAGUCCUUUGAGACAGCUCGAUAAUGGGGUAAGUGGAAGAGAAGAGGAUGAUGAUGUUGAAAUGUUAAUUCCAGUCUCUGAUGUAGCAUCAGACUUUGACAUGAAUGACUGUUCAAGACCUCUACUUGAUCUCAGCUCAGAUCAAGGACCAGGGCUUAGACAGCCUUACAGUGCAACACAUCACGGUGUGAGGUCAUGCAGUCGAGAUGGCCCCUGUGAGAGCUGUGGCAUCGUACACACUGCCCAGAUACCCGACACUUGCUUAGAAGCAACAGUGAAAAAUGAAACUAGUGACGAUGAGGCAUUAUUACUCUGCUAGGUACGGGUUGUUUAGGAAAGAUUGUGUACAAGUUGGAGCAAUAUCUGUCAUUGUUUUGUACUUCACAGUUAAAACUAGUUUUUAGUUUUAAAAAAAUCCAGGGCGACUUUAUGUUAAAACUCUUUUAGCCUGUGUGGUUGAUUUAAACAUUUCUUAUACUGGAUGGUGUCAUGGGACUGGUAGAGUGAACAUUUUAAUGGCUCUGAGGACACAAUGUGUGUAUCCAGUAUAAUCUGAUUACUCUUUAAAUGGAAGCUAUCCCAGGUAGUUUCAAAUUUAGUUUAUCCUGGUACUGUAGUUCAAACCAGAAACAUGGCUGCUCAAGACUUAUCUGGCUGCCUGUUUAUACCCCAUAUUAACAGGUGAAUUUGUACAGAAUUAUUUUCCUUUAGGAAUUGACUCUGUUGUAUUAUUGCCAACAUACUUGUAACUUAAUAUACUAAAUACUGAUAAGAAUUGUUAAUGUAAAAUAUGAUAUGUACUUUUCUUUGAGUUUAUACAACACUUUGUCUAAAUAUUCUGGAAUUUCAUCAUAAUGUGAACUUAAAGGGAGGAGAAACUUUCUCCAGGAGCAUUCAUUUUCUUUCAGAAGUACAAAAUGCAAUGAUUUGUGAAAUUCAGAUACAGCAGAUAAACUGAUGGCAAAAGCUUUUAUAGCACUGACUUUCCUAAACUGCAGUCUAAUAUGGUACAGCCAAAUAGUAUAUAAAAUCCCCAGUCAUUCGACUUUUCAACUUGAGGUAAAAAAGGGCCGAAGAUACUACAAUAUGUGUUAGUUCUUUAAAUAUCUGAUAUGUACAAAUACACUACAGAAUAAGUUCCAACUGGUAGUAGAAAAAAAAUACUGGAGGGUAUAAAGCUUGUUUGGACUCAAGGGAUUUGCACUAAAAUCAUAUUAAGGUCUCUAAUGAGCUUAGUGCACAAGCACUAUCACUUUAAGUACUAUUAUUGUCUAAUAUUGCAAU